GUGACACAUACACAGUAACACAGCAGUAACCGAGUGACAGACUUGUACAUAAGCUACCAGGAUGAAGGAGAAGAUCAAGAAUGAAUUUUGCAGUCAUGGAUAAAGAGCACACGUCGGUGAGAGUGUUACUGUUGGUGUUGUUGAUUAUGGUGUUGUUGUGCGUCUGCAGUGGUAAUGGUAAUGCAGAUGAUGAACCACAGAAGACGAAACCAUCUUUGCGGGAGUGGCAGAGACUAAGAAGCGCUUAUUCUGCCUAUGUGGGACUUUUUUCUCCUACUGAUUGGUACAACAUGCUUAAACAACUUCUCAAUCACGCAUAUGUCCGUUUGUUUCCUCCAGAUAUAGAUUUUAGAAGAAAGGAGAAAGGAACAGCAAAAUCAGCAGCUGAAAUCGUAGCCAAUGUCAAAAACUCCCUCUCUCAAUCUGAUGCUGAUACCAAAACACACGAAGAACUUUGAUCUUGAUCUCAUUUGUUUUCUGUGUUACCUUAUAAAUAUUUGUAACCACUCUGUCGUGUUAUUUAUGAUAUACUGUUUCAUGUUAUUUAUGAUACUGCUGUUUACGUGAGUUUAAGUGAAUAUAGUAUAAAAAAUGUGUCC